AUGGCAGCUGGAGAGGGUGGCACCGGUCGGCCUUCCUUUGCCGAUCUGGUGAGUGCAGUCCCUCAACCUAUUCCGGAGAUGGUUCUUGCACCCAGGAUUCCAAAGGUGCUGGAUGGUGAGGUUUAUUUUCAAUUUACCAAAGAAGAAAUAGCAAGGUCAGCGGAACCUUUCCGAUUUUCUGUUGUUCUCAAGUUCUUGAAGAAUCGUCCGUCAUUGGAUACGGUGAGGGCUUUCAUUCACAAUCGAUGGGGACUUACAGCCACUCCAGUAGUUUCUGCUAUGAGGAGACCGCGAAAUGUGUUUGUUCGUAUGUCUAAUGAUGUGGAUUUUACUAAAGCAUUAUCACGGGAGGUUUGUGAAAUAAAUGGGAUAUUCUACCGUGUCUUUAGAUGGUCUCCUGAGUUCAAUGAGGAUGCCGAACCCUCAAGGGUUCCGGUGUGGAUUUCUUUGCCGGGGCUUCCUCCAAACUUUUAUCAAGAAUCCUUCUUGAAGAUGUUGAUGGCACCGAUUGGAACGUUUAUUAGACGUGACAAUCCGACGAGGUGCGCUACUAGAACGGAUGGAGCACGGCUUUGUGUGGAAGUGGAUGCUGCAAAACCUCCUUUGUCGCAUUUCUGGAUUGGAGUGCCUGGAAUUUCCUCUAGCCAAAAGCAAGAAAUAUUGUAUGAAACACUUCCGGCUUUUUGUUCGUCAUGCAAGAUGCAGGGUCAUGAUGUUUGA